UUUCUGCUCUGACAAUGGCAUGCCCAUUCGUGCGAGAUGUGGUGGAUGAAGAAGCACUUGUGCUGAGGAGAGCCUUCAGGCGAGAAAGGGUCUUCAGGGACCGGUUGGACCCACUGGCCUUCCCUGAUGACCAUCUAUAUGAAAGAUACAGGUUUUCUGCAGAUGGCAUCAGGUAUCUAUGCAGACUACUGGGUCCCAGGAUUAAGCACCGCACUGCACGGAGCCAUGCACUGAGUGUGGAGCAAAUGGUUUGUGUGGCCUUGCGCUUUUUUGCUAGUGGAGCCUUCCUGUACUCAGUGGGGGAUGCAGAACAGCUGAACAAGGCCACAAUUUGCCGCACAAUAAGGAGUGUGUGUCUGGCUAUCAAAGCAUUAGCAGAUGUCUUCAUCUCCUUCCCUGGCCACAGAAGACUCUGUGACAUCAAAGAGGAGUUCUAUAGGAUUGCAGGUUUCCCCAAUGUCAUUGGUGCAGUGGACUGCACACACAUAAGGAUAAAUGCCCCCUCAGGUGCCCAUGAGGCCGAUUUUGUGAAUAGGAAAUCCUUUCACAGCAUUAAUGUUCAGAUGGUCUGCAAUGCUGACUGUGUGAUCAGCAAUGUUGUGGCAAAAUGGCCUGGCUCAGUCCAUGACUCCAGAAUCUUUCGGGCCUCUGAAAUCUAUCAGUGCCUAUCACAAGGUGAAUUCUCUGGUGUGUUGCUGGGAGACAGGGGGUAUGGCUGCCAGCCUUUUCUCCUGACACCUUUCACAGACCCCCAGGAAGCACAGCAGGCCUACAACCAUGCCCAUGCCAGGACCAGGGCCAGAGUUGAAAUGACCUUUGGCCUCCUGAAGGCACGCUUUCACUGCCUUCACAAAUUAAGGGUCAGCCCUGUUAGGACAUGUGAUAUUACUGUGGCUUGUGCUGUCUUCCACAAUGUGGCCUGCCUGAGGAAGGAGAGGGCCCCCAGAGUGCCACCAGCCAUGGACUGGGACAAUCCGGCAAUCUUCCCUGAUGACGACAGUGGUCGGCUGCUGAGGGACCAAUAUGUGUUGAAUUAUUUUAGUUAGUAUGUGUGCUUUCAAUUUUGGUUAAAUAUGUCCUGCGGUGGCAGAGGAAUUUGGGUUUUUUUGGGUUCGUUUUUUUACGAAUUUGGCCUCUUAUGAUGUUUGUGCGGGGUACUGUGUGUAAUACAAGGCUGCAGGGAGGCUACUGCAUCCAUUCAUUUGUCUGUUCAGUUGAUGUGUAUGGAUUUGUCCUGCAUUUAUUUUAGUGUGCAGACAUGCAGGGUGUGUUAUAUACAGACCUUUGAAUGUGUAUGUAUCAUUUUGUAUAAUAUGCUUGGAUUCUGUGCUUUCCAUCUUGUAGAGUCACUGUGACUUCAGUUUCGAAAGGAGCUGAUGGUUUACCUGCUUUGUUUUGUCCUUAUUCAAUAAAGGAACAUAAUGUUACACAUUGUGUUUUUAUAUUCAUAUGGAAUGUGUAUUUGUUUAUAUGACAGAGUACUAGGGCCACACUGAAGAAAAAGGAUAAAGUCAUACAUUUAUGAGGCUGGUUCUUUCUGCAGAAAAGCUACAUAUUGUUUUUACAGUUUUGAUACUUAUGACAAUGUGAUACUUAAUAUUCUGGCACAUCAGCAUGUCUUUGUUUAUGAAACCAUACUGAAGUACAAUUUCACGAAAUGCCCCACAUCUGUCAUUUUAACAACUGUCCUCCUUUAAAACAAC